AUGAUCCCUCCAAACGCGAAGUUCGGUGCUGCGAUAUUCCUUGUAUUUUUGUUCACGGAAAUUGUUGAGGGAAAUGAGAGAAUUUUGGGGGAGCCUCUCACCAUGGAUACGGUGAUCAGGGACACGUGCAGCAGAUCGUUGUCUACGUUAAUAUUCCAGAUUUGUACUGGGAAUAUGCGGAUCAGUGAUGUGCCGUCUGGUCGGCUUUCAAAUGUGCGCGGCAAGAGAGCCUCUAUGUUGUUCAAAGACAGAUUGAAGAGGCAAAUAGCUGAUGAGUGUUGUCUUAAUGCGUGUUCAGUGUCGCAGUUGGUCCAAUAUUGUCCAGAAACAUGUUGUGUAGUGGUCGAGAAACGAACUCCGGCCACCUUAAGCGCGAAUCUGCGACAGCGACCAAGGGUGCUCCCAGCCCGACCAGAACCAGACCCGAGCGCGCUUGAGGCGCGCGCGGGACGCUACGCACCGUGCGCGGAGCCAAUAGACCACCACACACGGGCCGUAUAG